GACAGUUUCAGACUCGCAGACGAUAUUGCGUUGAACGGUUAUGUUUGAUACAUGUCAUGAAUGAAUUCAGCUGAAUCUGUCACAAUAUAUACUGUUCUUUAUUUUUUGUAUCUUUAAAUACUAUGGAGCUUCCAAUCGAAGGGAAUGAGUUAGAUGAGGAGACGAAUAAGCGAGGAGCCGCAGAGGUGAUGUCGCCAAUGUUUUCUCCCACAAGAAUCAAGUUCCCCAAACACAUUCACACUGAUGUUGAUGACAAACUACAGGCAUUAGCGGAUUCCAUUUUGAACCGAAGUCAGAUUGGUAAUGAACAGGUCAGUCGCCAGGUGACUGCCCCAUUUGAAGUGCCGGAAUACCCGAUUGAAGAGAAGGAGAACAGAAGCUACUUUGAGCGACAGUUCAGUCACAGGUUACCCGCUAAUGUCCUCAAUUUUAAUAUCACAGACACUUCUUCACAGACACUGACAUCACCGGUGGAGCGUAGUCGACCAUCCCUUCUUGAUGAAGAUGUUACGCCCCAGGAGGUGAAGGCGGAGCUAGACGAGGAGAUUGACUUGGUCCCAUCAUUCCAGAAGAUCAGCAUAAGUGGGGAGGAUUUCAGUGGGGUACCCCUGAAAGAUCUGGAACUGGCCUCAAAGAGUCUUGUGAAGGCUCUAAUGAUCCGAGAGAAAUACAUGGCCCUGUCACAUCAACACUUUCCUCGUGUUACUGCCCGAUUUCUCAAGAGCUUGGCGGAUCGUGAGGAAUUUAGCAAAGUCAAGAACUCUUAUUCCGUUGGUGACAAGAAAAGCAUUGAAGAGUUUGGCCCAGUUUCUAUCAAAGAUCAUCCAAUUCACCCGCCACUUAAACAUGGCGAUCCAUUCAGCAUUGAGAUGGACGAGUCCGUGGGAUGUUCCUUCAAGUUUGUCAACGGUGUUGUGCAGGUGUUUCAAAAUGAGGAGGCCUUGGAAAAGAAUGAGCCCAUUGAGUGGCCGUACCCUGACCUGGACACCUACCUUGAUGACCAGAAUCUCAUGUAUGCCUUCAUCAGUGACGGCCCUCUGAAGUCCUUCUGUUACCGACGUCUCUCGUUCCUGUCAUACAAGUUCCAGCUGCAUGGGCUGCUAAAUGAAAUGAAGGAGUCCGCUUCACAGAAGGAGGUUCCCCACAGAGACUUCUACAAUAUCAGAAAGGUGGACACUCACGUACAUGCCUCCUCCUGCAUGAACCAGAAACAUCUGUUGAGGUUCAUCAAGAAGAAGAUGAAGACUAGCGAGGAUGAGGUUGUGUGUAAAGACAGGAAUGGCAAAACAUUGACCUUGGCAGAGGUGUUCAAAAGUCUCAAUCUGACAACAUAUGAUCUGAAUGUGGACAUGCUGGAUGUACAUGCUGACAGAAACACAUUUCACAGAUUUGACAAGUUCAAUGCCAAGUACAAUCCUAUUGGAGAAAGUCGGUUGAGGGAGAUUUUUAUCAAGACUGAUAACUAUAUCAAUGGGAAAUACUUUGGCCAUGUGAUAAAGGAAGUCAUGAGUGACUUGGAGGAGAGCAAAUAUCAAAAUGCGGAAUACCGUCUGUCUAUCUAUGGCCGGAGUCGAGAUGAGUGGGACAAGUUAGCAAAGUGGGCAGUGGAGCAUCGUGUUCACUCGGAGAAUGUCCGAUGGCUUGUACAGAUUCCCAGACUCUAUGAUGUGUAUCACAGCAACAAGCUUGUGAAGAACUUUCAGGAGAUCUUGGAAAAUGUGUUCCUGCCUCUCUUUGAAGCAACCAACAACCCAAAGAGUCACCCAGAACUACAUGCCUUCCUGCAAUAUGUGACAGGCUUCGAUUCUGUUGAUGAUGAAUCCAAAUCUGAGCACAUUGUGUUUGACAAGGACACACCCCUUCCACAGGACUGGAAGACUGAAGAGAACCCUCCCUACAGCUUCUACCUGUUCUAUAUGUAUGCCAAUAUCACCGUGCUCAACAUGUUCAGGAGCGGGCGAGGAUUCAGCACCUUCAAGUUUCGCCCCCACUGUGGGGAGGCUGGCAAUGUGACGCAUCUUCUGGCUGGCUUCAUGUUUGCUGAGAGCAUCGCACAUGGCCUGGUUCUCAGGAAGGUGCCAGUGCUGCAGUACUUGUUCUACCUUUCUCAGAUUGGCAUCGCCAUGUCCCCGCUCAGCAACAACUCUCUGUUCCUCAACUACCACCGCAACCCACUCCCAGAAUACUUUGCUCGAGGCCUCAAUAUCUCCCUAUCAACAGAUGAUCCUCUGCAGUUCCAUUUCACUAAGGAACCGUUGAUGGAGGAGUACAGUAUUGCAGCCCAAGUGUGGAAGCUGAGUACAUGCGACAUGUGUGAAAUCUCUCGCAACAGUGUUCUUCAGAGUGGAUUCCCUCAUCUGGUGAAACAGCACUGGCUGGUGUCCUAACUACACCCGUAGAAGGUGUGUCUGGAACAUAGAAUGGAACGUGA